CCUUCCUGCCACUCGGCUCAUCACCUUCCUCUCCCUCAGCCUGGUCUCCGUGCUCAGCUCCUCCAGGCCUCCCUGCUCCAGUAGCCUCCGAUUCCUGGGGAGCUUAGGCAGAUGUCCACGACCAUGGGGACAGCAGAAGGGGGUGAGGUGGCCCCUGGGGCCCCCAAGCCCACCCACAUCGACGUGCACAUCCACCAGGAGCCUGUGCUGAACCUGAGCUGCCUGCAGUGGCCUUCUGCCCCCAACACCAUCCCCUGGACCCCAGGACACAGACGGCUGCUCGUGGCCUCCUGGGUGGUGCAGGUCGUGCUGGGGCUGAUGAGUGGGGUCCUGGGAGGACUUGGCUGCCUCACAUUCCAUGAAAAUUACCCGUAUUCCAUGGCCAGAUGGGUCGUUGGCAUCUGGACAGGGGUUGUGGCUGUGCUGGCUGGAGUCGUAUGCUUCCUCUACGAGAAAUGGGGUGGCACCUGCUGGGCCCUGCUGAGGACCCUGCUCACUCUGGCAGCUUUCGCCACAGCCAUUGCUGCCAUCUACACUGGGGCUUAUUAUUUCCAGGAAUUAAGCGAUGAGUUCUAUCAGGCAUUGUGUACAAGCGCCCCCUCCUGGGAGCCUACCCGCUCCCCCUGGGAGCCUACCCACCCCACCAGCUCUCCUGAAGAAGCCAACAGGCAGCACCUGUGCCUGUCCUACCUGCGCCUGGUCAAGGCCCUGUCCAUGGGCCUUAGGGCCAUGCUGUUGAGUAUCUGGGUUCUGCUGUUUCUGACUUCUCUGACCCCCAUGUUUCUGUACUGCUGGAGAAGAAGACUCCAACCCAAGGAGGUGAGUCCCUAG